AUGAAUCUUCAAGAGGGAAUAUUGAUGAAUAAUGAUUCUGCAUUGGAUGAACAGAACUACAAUCAGUCUUCUUCGGAACCACAGCGGUUCUUUACCGAAGAGCAUCUCGUGAAAGAAAUUGAAAGUCUCAAAAGCCAGUUAGAGAAAGAAAAACAAACCAAUAAGAAGAUCACCUCAAAUGUAAAAAAAUUAAAGAAAAAGCUGAUUGAUGUCUCUUCGUUAUUGGAAUUGCAAGAUAAUUUGAAGAAGAAAAUCGAGGAGCAAGUUUUAGAAAUUAUGAAAUUACAUCAACACAAUCAAUCUUUAUUGGAAAAAAACGAAAAUCUUCAACAACAAUGUUCAAAAUUGGAAAAAAGUGCAAAGAGUUCUAUCACGACAGAUCAGUCGCAAAUUAUUCAACAAUUGCGUUUUGAGAAGAUGAGCAUGGAAAAUACGAUAUCUUCCCUGAAGAAUGAUUUGGAACAAGUAAAAUCUGAGAAAGAGGACUUGUCUCAACAAAUUGAACAAAAUCAAAGCAAAUUGCGAAAAUAUGAAUUCUUGAAUAAUCAAGUGCAAGAACUCAGAGGUCUCUUAACGCAUACUCAAAAAGAGCUUUCUGAGCUAAGAGAGCAAAGAGGAUUUAUUUCCUACGCCGAUUUUGCUGUCGUCAAACCAACAACACCAGAAGAAAACAAGAAGAAAGACUACAAGUCAAUAGCACUCAAUACAGAUCCCAUUCAAAUGGACUGGUCGAAAUGCCCAAAUUGCAACAAAGCAUCAUUGGGAUCCAACAUUGAUGUUCCUUUUAACCUUCACACUCAAAAACAACCAUCAAGACAAUCUCAUCCUUCAAGGAUUGAAAGUCCACCACAUUCUAUAAUCCCUACAUCAUCAUCUCCUUCCACAACUCCUUCCACAACUCCUCAACAGCAUCAACAACUAAAUUCAUCUAAAUCUCAACACAAAAGGAAAAUUGAUGAAAAAUUAUCAUCUUUUAAAAAACCAAAGCAAUCAGAGAGACAAUAUUCGUACACGCCACAACUUCCCACUCUUACAGCUUCCGAUGUAUCACAACCACCUCCUGUACUACCCAAACUUAAAAAAGUAGUAUCCAUUCAAAGAAAUACAGAUUCCAGCUCUCCACAUUUACCAUUUUUACAAAUUGAUACUUCAUCACCAGAGAAGGUAGCAGCCAAACAUAUAACAAUCACAGAAAAUCAAAAGUCAUCAGAAACAACUAUGCUGCCAGAUAUUCCUUCUAUUUAUUUUAUGAAAAAAGAUGAAUCUGUUGCUCAGUAUAUUGAAACCAUGUUCAUGAACUUUAUUUGCAACUUUGAGACAUUUAUUUCUGAUAAGGUCUCACAAGCUAGAGUAUUAGGAGAGAUUGUAAAAACAUGCAAGACCAUAUGGAAACAUUACUCUCAGAAUAGUACACAAAUUAUUGAAGGAGUCUCUCACGUAUUAAUAAGGCUAAUAACUGGCAAAGCUACCUUUGUUCAAUGGAAUUUAUUUAUUAUCAUGCUUGAUCAUUUAGACAUUUAUAGCUGUCAAAUCAACUUGUUGGAGAAGUUACUGAGCGAAGCAGAGAGGUUUGUGAGUCAAGUACUUUUGGAGAAGGACGAUCACAAUGAUUCAAAGUUGAUUGCAUUAUUGGCAGGAUUAAGCACAAUCAGCAACACGAGGUUUGCAAGGUUGGAUUUUUGCAUGUUCUCCAAAAUGAAAGAGUUAUUUUACAAUAUUUUGCAAUUUUCCUUGAGAAAUGAGUGGAACAAGACACUUGGAUUUGUCAGUACCAGAUGUGUGAAAUUAUUGUUGGCAAUGGUUUCCUCAAACAAACGUCUUCUGAGAAACGGUUUCGAUUCUAAUUCUAGUGUUGAUUUGGUUGUGGCUUUGGUAUUUAAACAAAUGAUGCAGUCGAGUCACAAACAAUUGAAUGACGAACUUGUGAUAAGGUCUGUUGAGAAGUUGCUUGAAUUUUGUGCAUUGGAAUUGAGCACGGAGGAUGUGUGUGAUAUGUUGUUGAAUAAUAUCGAUAACAUUUCAACACAAUCAUCUCAAAUACCAAAUUCCAUUGUUUUGAUUAGCCUCUCGGUGAACGACUGGAAUUGGACAUUUAAUUAUUUAAUAUUUGGAAGGCUAUGGCCUCGACUGCUACAUUACUUGUCACACCAAAGUCAUGAGAAACUACAAAUAAUAUUGACAUCAAUUUGUAAGCUUGCUAUUUCCAGAUCUCAAUUACAUCCACAAAAGGUGAAGUGGCAACCCAAUGAUCCUCUACACGAUGGUCAAUUACAACUAUUGGAGAAGUUCAAAGGAAUACUUUUGUUGGACAAUGUAUUCACUUUCGAAACUGUCAAACUUGCUGCUGAUGCCAUGUCCGAAAUAUUAGUGAAUAGACUAUCUGUUACAACACUAGAACAAGAUUUAACAACUCGUUCCAACCAUGAACAACAGCUUAAAGAGUACGCAGACUUCCUCAAAGAGUGGUAUUUAAAGAAGAACGACAGAGUCUCCAAUGUAAACAUUUCAAACUUGAUUGACGUGAUUUAA